CUACCCUACAGCUUCAAAAAUAUCUACAAAAAACCUUUUAUUUUCCACUCUUUUCACCUUGCUCUCAUUUAUUAGUUGUUUUGACCAUCCCCUCCUCUCUUCAACCUUUAAAAACACCUUAUCGUCUCUUUUUAGCUUCAUCUCCCUUUAAAAGUUUCAUCACAUUUUUCUUCUUCUACACUGUCUUUUGCCGUUGUGAUCAAACCCAAAGAUGCAGGUGGCAAAGAAAACUGGGAUUCGAAUGGCAAGCAACAUAGCAAUAGAGAGCGAGGCAUCAGCGACGAUGAAGCUUGACAAUCCAUACGAGAUAGUGAGGCAGCUGGCGGCCACCAACGCUGUAGUCCUGUUCAGCAUGAGUGGCUGUUGCAUGUGCACUGUGGCUAAACGCCUCCUCUUCGGCCUUGGCGUUGGCCCCACUAUCAUCGAACUCGAUCACCAUGUCGCUGGUCCUGAUAUUCAAGCUGUCCUCUUUCAGCUCGCCGCCAACGGUCGACAACCUGUCCCUGCAGUGUUUGUUGGUGGCAAGUUCCUUGGUGGCAUUGAAACCCUCAUGGCUUGCCACAUCAAUGGCACAUUGGUCCCUCUCCUCAAAGAAGCUGGUGCACUUUGGCUCUGAUUUUCUCACCAGUUACCGGAAUAUUCUG